GAGAGAAUGGUGGCUGGUCAGCUGGUGUGCUUCUGCCACAGCUUCCGCCCCAUCCCUUCGUACGCCAAGAACCUGGCCGAGUGCAGCUGCUUCCGGCCCUUGGCAUUGGCGUUCUGUGCUGUGGUGAAGUUCUCAGCACGGCCAUGCAUAUGCACUAGAAGAGGUACAGCUACUAAGUAUAUUUAUACGUGGAUCAUUCAUAGAAGCCACGAUGGUUUGAAGUUUGAACCUGCUUCCAGCAUCAAUCAAGCUGAAAUCCUGUUGGUGGUGGCAGCUGGGGAGGCCGCUGCGAAGCCGGGAAGACGCAUCUUUCUGCAUGGUUGAUGCGUGCCGUGCGGAGUUGCAGGAUUGAGUUGUGUGAAUGCCCUCGCUUCCUCCGUACCGUACUUUUGUUCGCUUGAGUUGUCUUACAGCUGUUGUUGUUUGAGUAAGAGAUUAUGCACUUGCUGCAAAGGGUCUGAGCACAGAGAUCCAUGGACACCACUGGGAGCCUUGCCCUUCAGGGCGACAAUUCCUUUGAGAGAGAGCAUGGGGGGAGGCGCUCUUAUGAUGAUGCCGUGGAGGGGUUGAAUCCAUUCCGGGGGGAGAAAACGACGAAUGCAGAGGGAGAGGAUGAUGAUGAGGCGCUGCUGCGAGCGGCGCUGGAGCAGCUGCCAACGGGCAUUCGGGCGCAGACUGCUGUGGUUGGAAAGGAGCACAGGCCCCUUUUCGACCCCACCCGUGAGGCGCUUGUCAAGGAGGGCGGCCAGUUCUUUACGAUUGAUGUGAAGCACCUCACUGCGGCACAGCGGGAACAUGUUGUCAGCAAGGCGCUGCAGACAUCUGACCAGGACAAUGAGCGCUUCCUCCAAAAGUGGCGCGAGCGCAUGGACAGGGUCGACUUGGAGCUUCCCAAAGUGGAAGUGGCCUAUCACAACCUGACAGUCGAGGCCAACGUCUACGUCGGAAGCCGCGCACUCCCCACCCUCAUCAACUCGGUUCGCAACGUCUUCGAGGACACCCUGUCGACCCUCCGCUUGAAGCGCACCAACAAGAGGAAGCUCACAAUCCUUAACAACAUCUCGGGCGUGCUCAAGCCGGGGCGCCUGACGCUGCUCCUUGGGCCCCCCAGUUCCGGCAAGAGCACGCUCCUCCUGGCCCUCGCUGGCAAGGCCACGAGCGACCUCAAACUGACGGGCGACAUCCUGUACAACGGACACCACUUCGACGAGUUCGUCGCAAAGCGCACGGCUGCAUACGUGCCGCAGAACGACAAGCACAUUGGGGAGCUGACGGUGCGCGAGACGCUCGACUUUGCGGCGCAGUGCCAGGGAGUGGGGGACAAGGAAGAGAUGCUUCGAGAGCUGUCGCGGCGCGAGGUGCGCAAGCGCAUCCUGCCGGACCCGGACAUCGACGCGUACAUGAAGGCGGCGGCCAUCUCGGGGCGGCAGCAUAGCGUGGUCACGGAGUACAUCCAGAAGAUUCUGGGGCUCGACAUCUGCGCCGACACAAUCGUCGGGAACGAGAUGCUGCGCGGUAUCUCGGGGGGGCAGCGCAAGCGGGUCACCACCGGCGAGAUGAUCGUCGGCUCCAAGAAGAUACUAUUCAUGGACGAAAUCAGCACGGGCCUGGACAGCGCGACAACGUACCAGAUCGUGCGGUGCAUCCGCAACUUCGUGCACCUGCAGGACGCGACCGUCCUCGUCUCGCUCCUCCAGCCCGCGCCGGAGGCCUUCGAGCAGUUCGAUGAUGUCAUCCUGCUCAGCGAGGGCAGCCUGGUGUACCACGGCCCGCGCGGCCGCAUCCUCGAGUUCUUCGAGAUGCUCGGAUUCCGCUGCCCCGAGCGGAAGGGCAUCGCGGACUUUCUGCAGGAGGUCACCUCGCUCAAGGACCAGCAGCAAUACUGGGCCCGCGGCACGCCGUACAAAUUCGUCCCCGUAGACACUUUCGCAGAGGCGUUCCAGAAGUGGGACCUGGGCCGGGAGCUGACGGCGGCUGCGGCGGCGCCUUAUGAUAAGGCGGCAGGCCACCAGUCGGCGCUGGUGCGCACGCAGUAUGCGCUGCGGUCGUGGGACAUGUUCAAGGCGACCAUGAAGCGCGAAUGGACGCUCAUGGUCCGCAACCGCUUCCUCUACAUCUUCCGCACCUUCCAGGUCUUUUACGUGUCGCUGAUCACGAGCACGCUCUUCUUCCGCACCAGGAUCUCCCCCAACAGCGUCAACGACGGCAACCUGUACAUGGGCGUCCUCUUCUUCAGCCUCAUCUUCAUGAUGUUCAACGGCUUCUCCGAGAUGUCCAUCAUGAUUGCACGGCUGCCCGUGUUCUACAAGCAGCGCGACAACAACUUUUUCCCGGGCUGGGCGUUCAACCUGCCCAUUGCCAUCCUGCGCGUACCCUACUCCGUGGUCGAGGCCAUCGUCUGGUCUUGCGUCGUGUACUGGGUUGUCGGCCUCGCCCCUGAAGCGGGCAGGUUCUUCACGUUCAUGCUCAUCAUGUUCCUGAUGCACAACCUGUCGGUGUCGCUCUUCCGCCUCAUCGGCGCCGUCAGCCGCAGCAUGGUGCUCGCCAACACCUUCGGCGCCUUCAUCAUCCUGCUCGUCUUCCUCCUCGGCGGCUUCAUCAUCGACAAACGGGACAUCGAGCCCUGGUGGGUGUGGGCCUACUGGAUUGUGCCCCUCAGCUACGCUCAAAAUGCGGUGGCAGUCAACGAGUUUACGGCGCCUCGCUGGAACAAGCCGUACCAGUACAACUUCGUGCGCGGCACGGACGCCACGCUGGGCCAGACCGUGCUGCAGAACCGGGCCAUACACGAGCCCAAUUGGUGGAUCUGGCUCGGGGUCGGGGUUAUGGCCGCUUACGUCAUCCUCUUCAACGUGGGCGUCAGCCUGGCGCUCGCUUACCUGCCACCUGUGGGCCGGCCGCAGGCUGUCCUCGGCGAAGAGGAGCUGCGCAACAAGGAGAAGGCCCGCCAGGGCGUCGACCACAAGGGCGACGUCGAGAUGACGUCAUCCAUUGCGCCCGCCGGUGGCGAGGUGGCCGGCGCUUCCGCCGCCGCCGACCUUGAGUGGGGCCCCCGGGAGCUGCGCCAGGCCCCAUCGAUGUCCCCGGUAGACGAGGAUGGUGCUGACGUCAGCGCAAAUGGCGCUGACGUCAUCACGAACGGUGCUGGCGUCAGCACAAGCGCAACGGGAAAUGGUGCCGCCGAGGGGAGCGGGAUCCGAGGCGGGGCCGCCCGGAUUGGGCGCAAGAUCGACCUUUCGAACAGCACGAUUCAAAAGUUCCAAAACGCGGGAGCCGCAAUACCGACGACGGGGAUGAUUUUGCCGUUUGAGCCCAUGGCGAUGACGUUCCACAACGUCAACUACUACGUAGAUAUGCCCAAGAACGUCCUGGACGAGCACGGCAAGCCACGUGGCGGCCGCCUGCAGCUGCUCCGCAACGUGAGCGGGGCGUUCCGGCCGGGCGUGCUGACGGCCCUCAUCGGAGUCACGGGGGCGGGGAAGACGACGCUGCUGGACGUGCUGGCGGGCAGGAAAACAGGCGGCUACAUCGAGGGCGAAUUGCGCGUCGGCGGGCACCCCAAGGAGCAGGCCACGUUUGCGCGCAUCGCUGGUUACGUGGAGCAGUUUGACAUCCACUCCCCGCAGACCACCGUGCACGAGGCCCUCCAGUUCUCUGCAGCGCUGCGGCUGCCGGCCAACAUCGACCCCGCCAUGCGCGAACAAUUCGUUGAGCAGGUGAUGGACCUGGUGGAGCUGGCGCCUCUGCGCAACGCGCUGGUGGGCCUGCCCGGGAUAAGUGGGCUCAGCGUGGAGCAGCGCAAGCGGCUCACCAUCGCGGUCGAGCUGGUGGCCAACCCCUCCAUCAUCUUCAUGGACGAGCCGACGUCAGGCCUGGACGCACGCGCUGCCGCGAUCGUGAUGCGCGCGGUGCGCAACGUGGUGGACACGGGCCGCACGGUGGUGUGCACCAUCCACCAGCCAAGCAUCGACAUCUUCGAGGCGUUCGACGAGCUGCUGCUUAUGAAGCGCGGCGGGCAGGUCGUCUACGCGGGGCCGCUCGGGGACCACUCGCUGCGCCUCAUCGAGUACUUCCAGGCCAUCGAGGGUGUGCCCAAGAUCAAGGACCGCUACAACCCCGCCACGUGGAUGCUCGAGAUCACGACACCUGGCGCCGAACAGCGCCUCGGCCGCGACUUCGCCGACAUCUACCACAGCAGCGGGCUCUUCAAGCAGCAAGAAGCGCUCAUCGCGGAGCUCGAGAAGCCGCCAGCUGGCACCUCGCCAUUGGCGUUCGACACGGUGUACGCGCGCAGUUUCUUCGACCAGUUCCGGGUGUGCUUCUGGAAGAACAACUGGACGUACUGGCGCAGCCCGCAGUACAACACGGUGCGCUUCUUCUUCACGGUCGUCGUCGCGCUGCUCUUCGGGACCAUCUUCUGGAACAAGGGCACCAAGAGGGGGAGCCAGCAGGACAUUUUCAACGUGAUGGGCGCCCUUUACGCGACGGUGCUGUUCCUGGGCUUCAACAACGCGUCCACCGUGCAGCCGGUCGUGGCCGUCGAGCGCUCCGUCUUCUACCGCGAGAAGGCCGCCGGGCUUUACCACCCGCUGCCGUUCGCCGCCGCGCAGGGCCUGGUGGAGCUGCCGUACCUGCUGGUGCAGGCGGCGGUGUACAGCAUCAUCACGUACAGCAUGAUCCAGUUCGAGUGGCAGGCCGGCAAGUUCUUCUGGUUCCUGCUCUUCAUGUGGCUCACGCAGUGCUUCUUCACCUUCUACGGCAUCAUGGCGGUGGCCAUCACUCCGUCGCAGCAGCUGGCGGCCGUCAUCAGCAGCGCCUUCUACAGCAUCUGGAACCUCUUCUCCGGCUUCCUCAUCCCGCGCCCCCAAAUCCCGGGCUGGUGGAUCUGGUACUACUACCUCAACCCGAUGGCGUGGACCUUGUACGGCCUCAUCUCGUCACAGCUGGGCGACGUGUCCGAAGAGUUUACGCAGGAAGACGGGAGCCGGAUCGCCGUGUCUGCGUAUAUCAAGCGUCAUUUUGGGUACCACCACAAUCAGUUGGGACUGUGCGUCGGCGCAAUGAUCUGCUUUGUGGUCCUCUUCUGGGCGGUCUCUGCGACCGCGUACUGGAGGAUCAACUUCCAAAAGCGGUAAAGUUAUCGGUAAUUUCAGCAGAGGCAGUUUGCAGGAAGUAUUGGGAGAGGGAACGAUGGGAAGACGUCGGACGGGCGCUGCGGGGGUGUGAACGACGAGCUGUCUGGCAGUCUGGCGGACGGCCGUGCAUGUCAAAUUUUAUAUACGAGUUGUUAUGUCGUGUCAAAUUGAGUUUCUCGUUUUACCGAAUCUCGUCAACGGAGCUGGCGUGAACGGAUUGGGAUUAUACGAUUCUAGCUUGGGUAAAAGGUAACUGCGUCAUACAUAACAGCGCGCAAUGCAGUACCUAAUGUCUAGUAAGUAGGGGCAAAGUCCGUGUAUACAAGCUUCUUGUGGCGCACGAGCCAAGAGCCCGUGUGCUCUUUCUUUAAAAGUAGCUAGCUAGACACAAUAUGAAGCAAUCACCUCUUCUUCCUUUCACAUCCCUGCACUUUCAGAUUUCGGCGC